AUCCCGGCUAUCCGCUAUACAUAUUUAUUAUUACCCCCACUCUCCUGUACACUUGGUAUACAUUUAUACCUAUGUUGAUCACUGAUGUUUAUAAUCCAUUUGUUAUAAAUUCAUCGCGACGACUCCGAACAUCGUUCACCAUCGUUGUCAUCGGUGCCGAAGCUUUUGGUUUGCUGUUGACUGCUGUUAUGUUCCAAUUGUCGUAUAAUUUUUUCUAAUUUCCUACAGUGUUGUCCUAUACUGCAUUGCCCAUCGGUCACGCAGAUCCCCGCAGACUUUUAUUGACAGACAGGAAUACACUAAUUGUAGAAUUGUCGAAAAUUGCGAUGGCUGGUGCUUGCGGAAUUAAGUCAUCCACUCAUCAGCACUAGGAACCUAAAGAUACAACGUUCAUAAAUAAAAUUGUCUGUGGUCUUGGUCAAAGAUGGACGAAGCAAAGUUUUUAAAAAGGAAAGUGAGAUCCGGCAACUUGGAUGUUCAUCCAACUGAAAAGGCUUUGGUAGUCAAUUACGACGUGGAAGCAUUGAUUUUAGGAGAACUUGGUGACCCUAUGCUAGGAGAUCGCAAGGAAUGUCAAAAGAUAAUACGCUUGAAAAGUUUGAACGCUGAUACAAACGUAGCUCUCCUCGCCAAAGAAGUUAUGGAAAAAUGCAGUUUGAUUCAUGGGUCCAAGUUACGAGAAGUUGAACAACUCAUUUAUUAUCUGCAAACUCGUCGGACCAAUGAUGAAGUUGAGGAUGUGGGUAUACAACUUUCACGGCCAGCAUCUUCUCAUGCAACAAACGCAGAGCGCAAUGUUGACAUCGAGAGAGCCAUUAUUAGCAACAUUGACAGUUAUAUUGAACUUAUGUACGAAGAGAUACCAGGGAAAAUUAGGGGUUCGUCUCUAAUUCUACAGCUCGCCAGAGUUCCGGACAACUUGUUGGAAUUGACAAAGAAUGAAUCCCUACUGAGUGCACUAGCGAGAGUUCUGAGAGAAGACUGGAGACGCAGUAUCGAACUAUCCACUAACAUAGUCUACAUAUUCUUUUGUUUCUCAACUUACAGUCAGUUUCACAGCAUAGUACUAGAAUAUAGGAUCGGCUCUCUAUGUAUGGACAUAAUUGACUUCGAGCUUGGGCGUUAUGACCAGUGGAAAGAAGACAUGGAGAAACGGCGUCGUCAUUUUGAAAGUACAACAGGCCUCUCACUUUUUCCUACUGAAAUUGGUAAUAACUUGGAUAAAAAAGCAAUAGUCGGCGAUGAGAUCUGGAAUGCAGAUGGUCCCCUUGACUUUGAAGUUAAAAGAAGAUCCGUCGAAUUGACAAGUUCCGCUACGGACGUUGAUGUUAAUAAAAUGAAAGAGGACAUUGAAAAAAGUCGUAAAAAGUUUAAAAGUUUGACAAGAAAACAGGAACAGUUAUUGCGAGUUGCCUUCUACCUAUUAUUGAACAUUGCGGAGAACACAGAAGUGGAACGCAAAAUGCGUAAGAAGAACGUCAUUGGGAUGCUCAUCAAGACAUUAGACAGAAGCAAUACGGAUUUGCUGAUAUUGGUUGUGACUUUUCUCAAGAAGUUGUCUAUAUUCCGCGAGAACAAGGACUUAAUGGCGGAUCUGAAUGUAAUUGAAAAAUUACCGAGGCUACUACACAACAGUAAUUCUGAUCUAAUUCAAAGCACUUUGAAGUUAUCAUUUAAUCUUUCAUUUGACACAAAAUUGCGGUCAAAGAUGAUACGGGUAGGACUGUUACCAAAGCUGGUCACGCUGCUGAUUCAAAGUGAGAUCAAAAACAAAACUACAAUACUCGGCUUGCUCUAUCAUCUCAGCAUGGAUGACAAAGUCAAGUCUAUGUUUACAUAUACAGAUUGCAUUCCUAUGGUUACCGACAUGAUUUUGGUGUCUAAUGAUAAUCAAAUAAAGCCGGAGUUGACUGCAUUAUGUAUAAAUUUGGCCGCCAAUAAACGGAAUGCUCAGCUAAUGGUCGAGAACAACAUUUUGCAGGGGUUGAUUCGUCGUGCAUUUAGAACUCAAGAUCCGCUAGUGAUGAAAAUGAUACGAAACAUAUCACAGCACGAUUGCACCAAGGAGAGUUUCAUUGAAUUUGUUGGCGACUUUGCAACGGCUCUGACUCAAUCAGAAUCGCAAGAUUUCGUACUGGAAAUUGUUGGAGUCCUUGGCAACUUGACACUUCCGGAUCUUGACUAUUCACAAAUACUACGACGAUGCAAUCUAAUACCUUGGAUAAGGAACAACCUUGUGCCUGGUAAAGCCCAAGACGAUUUGGUACUGGAAGUAGUAAUAUUUUUGGGUACGGCAGCUUACGACGAAAUGUGCGCCCGAUUAUUGUGCAAGGCCGAUAUUUUACUGUCCCUGGUGGAAUUACUCAGAGCAAAACAAGAGGAUGAUGAAAUAGUACUACAAAUAAUUUACGUAUUUUAUCAAAUUGCUAAACAUGAUUCUACAAGAGACUAUUUGAUUCGAGAGACUGGUAAUGAAGCCCCUGGUUAUUUGAUAGACUUGAUGCAUGAUAAAAAUCCCAUGAUCCGAAAGGUAUGCGAUGCCUGCUUGGACGUUAUUGCGCUUUGCGACGAAGACUGGGCAGCUCGAAUUAAAGUUGAGAAAUUCCGAUCACACAACCAACAAUGGUUGGAGAUGGUAGAGUCUAUUACAUUGGACCCUACAAAUCACCUCAUGCCAGACGAAGACGAUAGCCUCCCACCAUUUGCUAGUGGAGAUCUUCUCAAACAUACAAUGCUCUUUCCAACCAGUAAUGCUGCUUUGUUUAAUGCAGACGAUGUCGAUGUUGUGGCUAAAAGCUUAUCGGAAGCUUCGGAGAAUCCUAGCCGACCAGUCAGUCGGUACACUAGAGAUUUAGAUGAGAUGGGUGAACUAACAGCUGCCCGCUCCAGGUCCCGACUGUCCAUUGGCUCUGGGAUUGAGGACUUGUGUGUCUCGAAAAUGAAGUGUAAUGAAUUCAAUGCCUCUCACGUACUUAUAUAAUGGCUGGUAAUUUGAAUAAAUUUCUAUUGCUGAUCUCAUUACAUUAUCACGUAUAUAGGUAGAUAUACAAGUAGAAGUAGCGAUACGUUAAAUUAUUUAUUCAUACUUAGAUAUUGUACACACACACACGCAUAUACAUAUUGAUUUAUUUAUUCCCUUUAGAAUAACAUUGACAUUUGCAAAUGUUAUAAAAUAUGCAGACUUGCUUUUCUCUUGUUUUCAAUAAAGCAAUAUUGUUUGAGAAAUGAGGAAAAUAACUAUCUUACGAUCAUAGGUCCAAUCAAGUUCCAGGUGAUUAAUCAUCAUAGCAACAAUAAAAUGCCCAUGGAUGUUUGGCUUUCGCCAGAAACCGGAGCUGGAAUUGAUCAGGUUUAGUUGUUACGGCAAUCAAAGCUCAAAAUUUGACAGUGUCUGUUUGCACGGUAGAGCGAUUUGCAAUAUACAGAAGAUGAAUGUGAUAGAAUUGGAAUCAGUCAGCAGCCCACUGUACAAGCAUAGCAUAGCUCCACGUUUUGAUGAUUUGCUGGCUAACUUUAAUUCAACUCCAUUGGGAUCACUCUACAGUGCAAAUAAGAACAGAGCAGAAACUUUGAACUCUGUUGAUUGUGAAAUUAAACUCUUUUAUCUUACAGCAUGUAUCUUACAGUUUUAAAUAAGUUUAGAUUACUUAUUACAAUUAUUUUGGACACAUUGA